GCCAGAUGACAAAAAUUGUCUGGUUGCCAGAUCCAAAUGCUAUGUGAAGAUUUGAGAUUCUGAUAAUGCGAGGGAUGCAGAGGCCUCUCUCAUGGAGGACAAAGAAUUAUUUAAGGGUUUGAUUCAGAAAGCGGAAGCUUUAUACACCAUGGGAGACUUUGAGUUUGCGCUGGUGUUUUACCACGGGGGGCACAAACUGUGGCCAGAGCUGCAGGAAUUUAGACUGGGAAUCCAGAAGGUCCAAGAGGCUAUCGACAACUCUGUGGGCAGCCCCUCAUCUGUGAAACUGGAAAACAAGGGGGACCUGUCCUUCUUCCACAAGGCAGAUGAGGUGACGAAGGGAUGGCCAAAGGGGCUUAUUCACCCCCUGAGAAGGGAGAUGAGGCAGCAGAACAAGAAGACAGCCAAGCAGCUUCUGGGAGAGCUCUACAGCGAUAAGGAGUACCUAGAGAAGCUACUGAAAGAUGAAGACUUGGUGAAAGGUAAGAUGCGGGCUGGGGAGAGACUGCAGGACCUCAUCCUGAACUGCUUCAUCUAUCUGGACACACGCACUGAGUUCUGGCGCCAGCAGAAGCCCAUCUACGCGCGGGAGAGAGACCGCAAGCUCAUGCAGCAGAGGUGGAACAAGACCCGGCAGAACCCUCCCUCUGAUCCCACCCGUUUUGUACUCAAGAGCCUGGAAGAGAUUGAUGCAGCUUUGACUGCAGGCAAUGCAGAGAGCAGCCUGAAGAAAGCCCGGGAGGUCCUGAAGUUAAUUCAAUGCUGGUCAGAGGAGGUGGUUCCCAAUAAGAAAGAGGUGCUGGGGAACCUUCACAGCUGCAUUGGAAAUGCCUUGAUUGACCUGGGAGAAAUGGACAAAGCACUGGACAGCCAUCAGAAGGACUUGGACCUGGCCAGACAAUGCAAACUCCCAGAAGCAAAGUCAAGGGCACUUGAUAAUGUUGGCCGAGUGUACGCCAGAAUAGGAAAGUUCCCACAGGCUAUCGAUGCCUGGGAGGAAAAGAUCCCCCUGGCCUGUGGCGGUCUGGAGAGGACCUGGCUGUUCCAUGAGAUAGGCCGCUGCUACCUUGAGCUGAAGCGUCACACCGAGGCCCGGGACUACGGCGUUCGCUCACUCGCUGUAGCCGAUGAAAUCGCUGAUGAGAAGUGGCAACGGAACGCCUGUGUGUUGGUGGCACAGUCAGAGAUGAAGCUUUGCAACUUCAAAUCCAGUGUUGCCCACUUUGAAAGAGCUUUGGACAGGGCUAAGGUUCUCCAGGAUGACCCUGCGAGGGAUGCCAUCCAGAAGGUUACCUGAACAUCCUUGUCAAUUCAAAUCACUUCUAUCCUAUUGUCAAAUCACAAUGGCUCACUGAUACAAUAUUUGAAUUGAAAAUGUACAUACCCCUUACAGAAUAAACUUAGGAGAUACAGCAACAGCUGAGGAAAGGGCUUCCCCAGGGUGGGAACAAAAUUGAAUUAUGCUAUGAUGUAUUAUUCAUCUACACAGGAAUUCAAUCAUUACAGCUAUGUAGUAUGAAUGGAUGUCUUCCUUUUUUAUUUCUGUGUUUCCUGUAGUAUUGCAAUAAAUGCAUGUUUAGCAGUGUAAUGUUUUGUAGUGUCUCAUUAAUACAGCUGUUUGUGAAGCCUU